UGGUGCCCCCGCAUGCGCAGUGCUCAGCGUUGGGGGGCGGGGAUGUGGUGCGGCUGUUCCCAAGGUGGUUGGGAAGUGGGAGCGUUUCACAGGAACGGACAGACGUUAACGGCCUGGAACGAAGCGCAUGAAAAGGAGGCGAUAUCAGCGCAUUAAAGACCAGCCUACCCAAAUUACAGAUAAGCGAGUAUCUAGGAAACAUGCUGUAUUAAAAGUGGUGGGUGACCAGCUCCGCAUCAAACCGGUCCAUGUAAAUCCUUGUUUUCUUCAGUCAUCUGAAAAUGGUGACCUAUUACCACUGGAGACACAUGAGUGGCACUCUUUGAACCCAGGUGACAGCUUUUCCCUGUUAAUAGACAAAUAUCUUUUCAAGGUCCUUUUUGCUCACUCAGAUGUGGAAAGUACACUAAGGAAAAAUCACAAGGUUAAUGUACAAGAACCACUGAAUUUUCCUUCAAGUGUUGAUCCUGUUGAGCUGUCAUGUAGUCCAACAUGUCCUAAUAGUGAUAUCCAAGUGGAAGGCUGUUCCCAGUUGGAAAGAAAAGCCGAAAUGCCAAAAAACGAAACAGCUUCCAGAGAUUCAGUUUUUCCUGCCAAUUGUAAUGAAAAUGAACAACAAAAACCUGCCCAGAGGAAAAGGGUGCUUCCACCUUGGAUGCUGCAAAGAGAUUUAGUGGUUCAAAACCUUUCUACCCCAGUCACUAAAAGAGGUUGCAGAGAAACAAGAGGGAAAGAAAAAAACAGCAGGGAACUCUCAGAAUCAAAAGUGAGAAAUGUUCAAGUUAGAAAACGAUUAGUUACUGAAGACAUUGGAGAGGAUUGUGAAGACACAGAGCAAGAUCAGGGAAAGAAGAGCAAAACUACUGAAAAAGACACAUCGCAGAGUGCAUCUGGAACCCCAUUUGCAAUGGCUGUGAAAAAAAUAGAAGGGAAUGAGAAGUCUGUGAUACAAAAGACUGAAAGAUCUAUGGAAAAAAGUGAUUGGCAAACCCAUAGCCAAGUUUCUGACCACAGGCUAGUGGCAGAAGGCCAGCUCUGUACUAAGACCAAAAAGACCAAUGAAAUAGAAAACAUGGAACAGAUCAUCCCUUCUGCAAGCCAACCAGCUCACCAGGACAAGUCAUCCCAAUCUCAGGUUUCACAGGAUGAGACUCCAGAGCUUGAUGUAAAUUCAGAUCCUGGUAUUGGAGUUUCUGAUUCAACAGGAAGCAAAGAUGCUCUGCAGAGUUCUAAGCAAACUCAGCACAAGAGGGUCCCUUGCAUGUAUGGAACAGGUUGUUACAGGAAGAAUCCAGUUCACUUUCAGCAGUUCAGUCACCCUGGAGACAGUGAUUAUCAUGAUGUACAGGUUGCAAGUGAAGAUGACAGCGAUGACAGACCUGAAUGCCCAUAUGGAAGUACUUGUUACAGGAAGAAUCCACAGCACAAGAUUGAAUACAAGCAUACUGCUCCUCCAGGAACCGAAACAAGAACAACCCACCAAAAAACUCAUAGGAAAGGAAAAAGUGUUUUGGAGGAAGACAGUGACAAUGAUGGUGAACCAAAUAAAUAUGACCUGAAUGACAGCUUUAUAGUUGAUGAGGAGGAAGACUUUGACCCUACUGAUGAAGAUUCUGAUUGGGAACCAGAUUCUGAAGACAAAGAUAAUGAAGAUGUUAACACUCUUUUGAAAGAAGCACAACAAUUUGUUAAAACCAAAAAGUAACUGCCCAAAUAAUGGAAAGGACUUGCUGCUUCCACGUUCACAUGAUGAGUAGAGGAGGAGGAAAACUGCUUUGAAAACUAAUUUUCCCAUCCUUGAUACACUACCUUUAUUAAUGGAAUAAACAAACGGAGUAAUAGCUUUCUUUCCUUUUGUACACAUUGUUUGCUUUGGCUUUUUAUAAGGUGAAAUCAGAUCAUAGACUGAGAUUAUAUUGUGUGUUUACUGAAGUAAAACAUUUUGAGAUGGAA